AUGGCUUCUUCCGCACUCAGCCCUUCAGAGAAAUGGUCGCUGUUUGUGGCCACCGGAGCUUCUCUGGCUGUGAUUGCCAACACCUUCCAGGGAGAUGGAGCCCCUCUUGUGGCAUCCCUCGCGUUCUCGACCCUGGCUUUCUCUAUGACUUAUGCUUUUGUGCGAUGGUCCGGCCCGGCUUUUGUCAAGGCUGGCCUGAAAGGGAGAGACAUGAGCAAGAUCAUGCCUAAAGAGAUUCCUGAGGCCAUGGGGGCAGUGGCUGCGGCGGUCUACAUACUGGCUCUGAUGGCCUUCAUUCCUUUCGCCUUCUACAAGGACAUCGUCGCUGCUACGUCCGGUGGAGGAAACCGGGAUGUCGUUCUCACAGUCACUGAGGUCGAGACUGGACGCUUUUUGCACCGAUUUCCUCACUCGAAACUGUCCUCGUAUCAAUCGGCACUGAACACGCUCCAAGCCACGACCAUACUUGGUAUAUGCGACGACCUCCUCGACCUUCGCUGGAGACACAAGUUCUUCAUCCCCGCGGUAGCAUCACUACCCCUGCUGAUUGUUUACUAUGUCGACUUUGGCGUCACUUCGGUGGUGGUUCCCAAUUUCCUUGUCCCUUACAUGCCUAAUCAAGCUCGUCUCAUCGACCUGUCAUUCUUCUAUUACCUGUACAUGUCAGCACUGUCAAUAUUUGCCCCAAACUCCAUCAACAUCCUCGCAGGGGUCAAUGGGAUUGAAGUUGGACAGUCACUGGUGAUUGCGGGACUCUUGGUGCUCAAUUCAGCACUCUAUCUGGUCCCUUUCCCUGGGAAUCCGGUCUUGAACCACGCCUAUGCAACGCGCCCACAUCCUGCCACCGAUGGACAUCUCAUGACGCUGUAUAUCUUAUUGCCAUUCUUGGCCGUGUCGACAGCCCUUUACAUCCACAACCGAUACCCAGCUAGAGUCUUCGUUGGGGACACAUAUUGCUAUGUCGCAGGCAUGACAUUUGCGGUGGUGGCGAUCAUGGCGCAUUUCAGCAAGACACUCCUUCUGCUUCUGAUUCCACAGAUUGCCAACUUCCUCUACAGUACUCCACAGCUAUUCCACCUGAUUCCGUGUCCUCGACAUCGGCUACCCAAGUUUAACGCAAGAACAGGCCUCCUCGAGCCCAGUGUGACACCAUGGCCACCGGAGAGGCCUCCCAGCAAGCUUCUCACGGCGGUAUUCUUCUUCCUCGAGAAGUUACACCUAAUUCAAGUGACGGUGGAUUCCAAGACGAACCGCAUCUCUAGCACAUCGAAUCUGACCAUUAUCAAUUUGUGGCUGCUGUCAGGUUUCCCUCUGAUGGCCGGAAGACCUUCAAAACGAGUCAAGCUCGACUCCAACCCAAGUCACAUUCCAUCGGCCUCGCAGAGAUCGCCUCCAGACAGCAAUGUCGCGGACCCAGCAUCCAUCCGGGUGAAGAGAGCCGCGUUCCUCAGUUCAAUCUCAAGGUCAAUCUCACCUCCAGGCAUCUCGAGAUCGGGAACAACGACGCCGCAGCCGCAGACCCAGACGAGCGAGAGCCCAAAAAAGGACGAUCCUCCUCGUCCUCCGCUACCUCAGAUUCAAUCACCCAAGCGAGUCCACGCAGAUUCAGACAGUCAAUACACCAACAUUGAAUCCAGCCAAACCUCUACAGCGAAGCUCGUUCCCUCCCCUUUCAGACUCACGACCAUACGUGACCUUCCGCCUUCCAAGAACGCUGAUACUGUCUCACUACAUGACAUCCUCGGGAAUCCACUGAUCAAGGAAGCAUGGAUCUUCAACUACUGCUUCGAUGUCGACUGGCUGAUGACCCAUUUCGACCCCGAUAUUCGCCCCAGUGUCAAAGUAAAGAUUCUUCAUGGCUCGUGGAAGAAUGACUCUCCAAACAAGAUCCUCAUCGACGAUGCGUGUCGGAGAUGGACCAAUGUUGAAGCCGCGACUGCUUAUUUGCCUGACCAGUUCGGAACUCACCAUAGCAAGAUGUUCAUUCUCUUUACCCACGAUGACCUUGCGCAGGUUGUUAUCCACACAGCCAAUAUUUUGGAGAAGGACUGGACCAACAUGACCCAGGCGGCAUGGCUGUCUCCUAUGCUACCACUUCUAGAAGGCAAGCAGGUAGACAAACCGGGCAAGAUAGGAACUGGGACGAGAUUUAAGCAUGAUUUGCUCGCCUAUCUCACCGCAUACGCAUCAAAAACAAAGGACCUGCGGGAACAACUGGCUCAAUUCGAUUUUAGAACCGUCAGAGGUGCCCUUGUUGCUUCCGUUCCGUCACGAAUGAAGGAGUCCUCAACCGCGCAGAAGAACGAGGUCGCCUGGGAUUUGAAGCUCUGGGGCUACCCAAGUCUGUUGCGAGCGUUGAGAUCGAUUCUCCCAACACAAGGGAAGACUAUACCAUCCAACAAGCAGACAGGCACAGAGUCACCGCAUGUUGUUUGCCAGAUUUCCUCAAUCGCCACCCUCCCACAGAGCUGGCUAAAUCAGUUCUUCCCAGUGCUCUACUCUGCCCUGCAAUUUACCUCAACCAGUCCAGCACGUGAAUGGGAGCCCGAGCGCAUCUCAAUCAUCUACCCAACACCUCACAACGUUGCGGCAUCGCUCGACGGGUACGCAUCCGGCGGAUCCAUCCACACAAAGGCACAAUCCGCUGCUCACUUGAAACAAAUCACUGGCCUUCGAAGAUCAUUGUGUCAAUGGACCAGAGGCUCAAUCAAAGACGCAAGAGCGGGAAGAGACGAGGCGGCACCACACAUCAAGACAUAUGUGUGCUUUGCCAGCAAGCCGAUGACGACGAAACCAAGACCGGAGGUGAAGUGGGCGUUGUUGACGAGCGCGAAUCUAAGCCAGCAGGCCUGGGGCACUCUCCGCGUGAAAGAUAAGGAGAUUGUCGUGCAGAGCUACGAGAUCGGCGUGCUUGUCUGGCCAGAGCUGUUUGCCGAGAACUUUGACGCCGAAGGCGCCAGUGAGACGGACGAGCACGGUGCAGUGGGAGAAGAGACCAGUGAUGCCCGAAAGAUAAAGAUGAUUCCCGUGUUCGGAGGAGAUACACCUCAACACCCUCCACACACCUCGAACGACAUCGCCGAAGCAUCGCCUGGUCCCGAAACACUGGUCGGCCUGCGCAUCCCGUACGACCUCCCCCUUACGCCUUACAAGGACGGCGACAUGCCAUGGAGUCCGCAGGGCGUGUACGAGCAGCCCGACCGCUGGGGUAGACGAUGGCCCAGGAAUUUCACCUGA